CUUGGCAAAGUAGUUGGAGAUGAAAAGAAGUUCAUUCUGAUCUCGAGUUCUGCUCUGCAUGUACUGACACUACUACUGUGUACAUGUAGGUGUGGUACCAAGUAACAGAUUCUCGUUCCUAUUUUUGGAGAAGAAGCAAGCUGUGUUUUUGUCAAUUUUAUAAUGUAGUCAUCUCAUUUUUUUGAAAUGAUAUUCCUUAGAAGAGUCCCUUUGCUGACGGCCAGGGUUGGACUUGGAGGUAGGAGAUUCACCACCACUGGUUCCACGUUUCUCUACGAGCAGGGGCAGUCGGUUGGUGAUCAGCAAAGGGAAUAUUUCUAUUUCAUCGAUCAUCAGGGACAGCUAUUUUUGGACGACACGAAAAUCAAGAAUUUCGUCACGUGUUUCAAAGACAGGGCCUUUCUCAGAUUCUUCUUUCGGCGCCUGAAGGCAAACGACACAAGCCGCUACCGGGACGAGUUUCCGUUCUACUCACCAUGCGGUCCAGAGAUAAACUACGUAUGCUGUGAUGAUCUGCCAGUGGUCUUUUCCCAGCUGUCGCGUGGCACUGUACCUGUUGACUGGAAUGAUCCACAAUCAGCAAUGACCACUGGUGAACAACCAGUGCAGUUAUCAUCAAGUGCAACACAAGGUACAGAGCAGCAGCAGCAGCAGCAUCGGAGCAGUACUGAUGGUGGCGAUGACGAGGUGUACAAGUUAUGGUAUGGUGGUGAUCUGCAUCAGAUCCUUAGUAUUCCAUUCCAGCCACAGUCUUUGUUCAUGCUGCCAGGCACCGGGCGCAUCUAUCACGAGGCGCCAGAGAAACUCGGCGGCAUUGGACUGGUGAAGUCAUCACUGGCGAUCGAAUUCGGAAAGCACUUUGUCUACGAUGACCAAGCCAAUCCAGACGAGGAUUACCCGACCGGUUUUAACUUCCAGGGAACUGUACACAGACUGGAGAACAGUUUUACAAAACACUUUGCACACAUCAACUCCGAUGACACAUAGCGCUCUCAAAGAAACUUGAACUUAUCUGUUUUAGGUAACGCACUGGCCAUCACAGAGCGAACCAUUGAUUUUUUCAUGAGAAAAUUUGCAGUUGGCUUCAGAAAAGAAUUACCAACCCGGGUACAUUUGUGUAAGCGCUACUCAAAGCGCUACUCAAAGCGCUCCAAUCAGUUGCUCUUUAUGUUUUUAUUUGCUCAAUCACAGGGUAUUUCGUUUUGUUCUAACUUCUAAGAUCUUGAAUGCUAUGAAAAUAAUGAAAGCGA